AUGGAAAUCAAUUGUUUUCAAAGAUUCGCCGAGCAGCCAAAGUAUACUGAAGUGAAUCCAGGUCAGGACGCUUUAUUAACGUGUAAAGUAAUCGAUAAACGUGGCACAUGUUCAUGGCAAAAGGAUAAUAAGCCUGUUGGUAUUUAUGCCAAGAAAUAUGAAUGGGCAGCACGACCCUCUUCAUCGUCCUCGAAUGGCGGUGGCCUGCAUUUAGAUUUGCAUCCACCACCAAUGCAAAUUGGUGGAGAUUGUUCUUUGUGGAUACGCUCGGCCACAUUGGAUUUUGAUGAUGGCCUGUGGGAAUGUCAGGUGACGGCGAGUGAUUUUACAACACAGGAUGCUUUAACCAGUCAACCAGUACGCUUAGUUGUACGUGUGGCACCCCAACGUCCUCGUUUAGAAUAUGAAGGCGCUCAUGUACCACCCGGUCAUAAUAUCACUGUGGACUCUGGCUCUUUGGCUACGGUGAAAUGUGUCUCCCACUAUGGUAAUCCACCUGCCACACUUAAGUGGUUUCUGGGUGACCAAGAAAUUGAAGCCAUUCAUCCGCAAACAAAUGCCACCGAACCAGAUAAUCCACGUACUUGGUCGGCCACCUCAGUGGUACAAUUGACAGCAAUGCGUGAGAGACAUGGUGAUAUCUUACGCUGUUUGGCUUAUCAUGAAUCGUAUACGGCGAAAACGGUACCAGUGGAAGCCAGAUUAGAUGUUAAAUACGCACCAACAAUACGUCUAAUUGGCUCACCGGAAAUCGACUUGGAAGAGGAUAAAGAUGCACUGAUAUUACGCUGUGUAGCGGAUGCCAAUCCACCAGCGAGUAUUGUCUGGCGUCGUGCAGGACGUUCAGAAAUUGCCAGUCUACAGGAAACUCUGCAAUUACGCCCUGUUGGCCGACGUGAUGCUGGUCUUUAUACCUGUCAAGCUCAGAACUCUGUAGGCACUUCGGAGCAACUAUCAGUGCAAUUGGAUGUUAAAUAUCCCCCCAAAAUUCUCUCGGCUGGUCCCGAUCGUCUAACCACGGCUCCACUUUUUAGUCCAGCGGCAUUUGAGUGUGUAGCCGAUGGCAAUCCUAUGCCUUCCUUCAAAUGGGUGCAACGCAUUUCUCAUGGCUAAUACGUAGAACGUGGCAAUGAGCCUCGUUUAGUGAUUGACAAUGUUACAUAUGAUUAUCAGGGUGAAUAUGAAUGUCGUGCAACAAAUUAUAUCAAUGGUCAAGAGAGAGUGGCCAUAUCGGAACCGGUGUCGCUGCAAGUUGUGGGCGCUCCUCAAGUCCUACGUUUACAUCCCUCUAUGCAUACUGUCCUGGUAAAGAGAGGAGAUCCAGCUUCUCUUACUUUAGUGGUGUGUGCCGAUCCUCGGCCACAUCGUGUUGCCUGGGAAUGGGGCUCACUGAGACUAGAUGCUGGUUCAGCGAUAGACCGUUUCCGUGCCGAUGAUUUACUACAAGAUACACGCGAGGAUUGUUACCUUUCCACAUUACACAUCCAUCAUACCAGUGAACAUGAUGCACGUCCUUAUUAUUUGGUUGUGGAAAAUGAACGUGGUACUGAUCGUCAUGCCAUUCAAUUGAAUGUGGAGGGUACGUUUACAGAACCCUUGGAAAUGAGUUAUUUAUUGGGCAUUGCUGGCGGCUGUUUGGCAGCUUUAUUUAUAUUAAUUUGUCUUUGUAUUUAUGCAAUACGCAUUAAAAAGUGCUGCUUUAAAGGUAGUGGCGGUUAUAAAUCAUCAGACAAAGACAGUGAAAAAGCCGAUCUAAAAUCUCGAUCUGAUAGCACCAGUGGUGGACCGCCAGGUGAUUCUAUCUAUACAACCCCAGCGGGUUUUCACCAUCAACAACAACAGCAGCAACAACAACAGGCUCAAGCACAGGCCGCACAAGCCUCACAGCAAAUGCAUCCACAUCAUCAGCAAUUAGCAGCAGCUGCUGCUGCAGCUGUUGCCAAUAAUCAUGGACAUCAUGGAUCACCCGAAGCAAUGAAGCUGUUUAAACCCUGUACCACAAAAACUUCCAUUGUCAAUCGUUCUUUUGAUGAAAUGGGAAAUUUAUUGUGGCAACAAGAAGCAGCUGAAUUUGUAGAGCAGUAUCCCCAACGUAGAAGACCUAAAACUGCCGCAUUACUAUUACGACAAAGUGCCUCGGCUGGUACUUUGUAUCGUAAACCGGAAACUGUAGUGCCCAUAUUGAAUAAACGUGCUAGUGGUGGUGAAUUAUUGACUGCACAGCAAAGACAUCAACGUGAUUUGUUCAGUGGUGACUUGGGUAUACCCGAUGUCAAUAGUCAUGUCGGUAGUAUGGUGCAUACUUUCGAAAACAUGGCCCUGCAAAGACGUUUAGCCGAACGACAACGUGAACAGCAAGAAAGAGAACACAGUAAGUAUAUAGCCGAACUAAUGGCCCUGCAGGCUGCAGCAGAGGCACAGGCACAGGCCGGUGCCGCCAUAGUAGCCACUACCACUACAACAAAACGAACCUUCAUACCCUCAUCUGGCACUCACAGUAACAACAGCAAGUUUCAGCAAUUAAAAAAGAAAACUCAUGAGACUAGACAGAAAAUCAUACAGCAGAUAUUGCAAAAUCAUCCCCUGCAUAAAGAUGUUACUAAUAUACAGAGCACUCCGCGUCAUCUACAGGGGGCUCGUCAAGCUUCCUCCAAUUCAGAAGUGUACUAUCGUAAUAUAGAUGAGGAUUAUCGUAAAAAUUUAUUUGGCACUCUAACAAAAAGAAAAAUAAAACCCGAAGAACUGCCUCAAGUUAUAAACACCACUACAUCAGAUGUAGAAUCCUCGAGUUUUUGUGAUGAAAUUGUCGCUCAAGCAUUUGAUGAGAUUUUUGAAGGUUAUAGUGGCUUAGAAGAGGAUGAGGAAGAGCUAAAGGAAACUAAAAAACCCACUACAACUUUAAUGCCUGACUUUAGCAAUACCUCUAAUUUUCUUAAUCAAUAUGGCAAACCCGGUUUGACACCCAAAAAGUUACCACCCCUAAUGUUGCACAAAAAGUCAGCGGCUCCUCCACCGCCCGCUUCCUAUCAAACCUCCUCCUCCACCAGUCAUACAAAACGUAAAAUUAUGCCAUUUUUAGAAAAUAAACACAGAUCCUCUACCAUACACAAUCUAUUUGAACGUCUCAAGACCCCACCCAAAAAAGUGCAUAAUAAUCAUAAACUAAAUAAAACACCCUCCGAUAGUUUACUUAAAACCGAACCCUUAUUCCCCAGUAGUUCACAAUUUUUACAUAAAUUUCCCGCUCAUUUACAUCUCAAUCGUGAGGUAGAGGGCCAGGAGAGUAAUGAAAAUUUAGAUCAAGAUUUUCUAAGAGGUUCUACAGUUUCACAAUCAUUUGUUAGACAUUUAAAGGUUCAUAAACCCUCUAAGGGUAAAGCUCCUCCCGUACCUUUAGAAACUCAAAGUGCCAAGAAACCAUUAAAGACUAGUGAGGCUUUAAGGCAGGUUUUAUUAUUUUCCAAAAAAUCCCGUUCAUCAGAUGAACUAUUGCCCGAUAAUUAUACUACAGUGGAAACACGUAAGUAUUAUCGUCGUUUAGAUGACGAAAAGCCUAUGAACGAAGCAAGAGUUUCACAUAGAAAAACGGCUGAUGGUAGUAGUGGUUUAGUUAAUAGUGAAAAAUUGCAGGAUCUGCAAAAUCAGGUAGUAGAGAUAUAAAGCGUUAGAUCAAGCUAGUAAGUUUUUAAAUAGAAAUGCUCAAUUUUUUAAGCUCAAAUUUAUUUUCUAGAAGUAAUAAUUUAAAAAAAUUAGGUCAACAAUAUUUAAGCAUUUUUUUAACAAUUCCUGUAUCUCAUAAAUUAAGCAUUUAUAAGCAUUUAAUUAUUUAUAGAGCAUUUUAACCCAUUAAUAAAAGUAAUGCACAGUAUUUAAUAAAAACAUAACUCAUUGACUUAAUCACCACUUAAUACUGUCAUAAAAACCCCUUUCGCUAUAGAGUGUAAAGAAUGCGAUCUUGGUAGUUUGGAGAGUUACUCAGCGAUCUUUUAUCUAAAAGAAACCUCCGUUCUACGUUCUUCGACAAGUAAAAAGUCGAAAAAUCGCGGAUUUGUUUCUAGAAACCAAAUGAUAAAUAAAAACUUUUCACUUUUCCCAUGAUCUUUUCCACUUCUUCUGGCUUUAUAACAUCGAUCUCCAAUUAAUCAAACAACAGCAAUUUCAGUUACAGCUCAUGAAAGUUUAGUGGACAUGAUGUACAUGACAAUCACCACCUAAUACUGUCAUUAAACACCCUUUCGCUAUAGAGUGUAAAGAAUGCGAUCUUGGUAGUUUGGAGAGUUACUCAGCGAUCUUUUAUCUAAAAGAAACCUCCGUUCUACGUUCUUCUUGAUCCACUUAUUCUGGAUUUAUAACAUCGAUCGCCAAUCAAUCAAAUAACAACAAUUCCAGUUACAGCUCAUGAAAGUUCAGUGAACAUUAUGUCCGAAUUCACUUAAUCCGAAACGAUCUUAGCAAGUUUCAGCGACUAAUAUAGCGAUCGACGAUCAAUAGGAAUCAAAAGGAAUUUCUAUUUCCUACAAGUCAUGAUCCACACUCUUUUGUUAUAUUUCUAACUAUAUUUCACAAAAGAUCUAUUUGAUACACAUUUAACACCUUCCUGGCUAGAAAAAGUCGUCAUGCGUAGAGGUUCUUAGUGAUCUCUUUUGGGAGCGGAACACUGAUCGACAAUUAGAAUCAAGGGAUUUAAGCAGGGAAAUUAAUUCGCUUUUAAGAAAUAUUUUGGAAAGUAAAAUAGGGAUUGGCCCUAAUACGGCAGAUAAUUUAAAUUCUAGAGAUCGUCCUAGUAGAAUCUUCAUAGUGAUCAGCAACAGCGGAAUAUCAAAAGAUUUAAAAGUAGGGAAUUUAUUUGUGCAAUUAUCAUGUCAAAAUGAUCAUGAAGAUCAUUUUGACUGUUUCCAGACAAAUUUUUGACUUUUUUAUUGAAAUAUCAUCGAUCUUUAAUCGGUUGUCGGGUGCUUAGCCCAUACUACCAGAAAAUCUAUAAACACAUAUGUGCCGAAAUUCAAUCGAUAAUUGCGAUCAUGAGGCCGGGUUUUUGGUUUUUUGCCUAUCAAUGUUUGAUAAUAACUAUUUCUCUUUUAGCAACCGGGGCUCUUUAGUGCAAGAGAAAUUUUUAAGCAUAAAUGAUAAGAAAGGAAACCUAUAGUACCAUAGAAAACUCUUCACUCGUAUUAGAAGUUUUGCCACAGACUACAUGAUUCUCUUGUUUUGGGAAUUUCUAGAAAAGCGUUUUGAAUAAAUUACAACAAUUGAAAUUGUGAUUGUAAAAAUUGCGAAUUGUGAUUAAACAAGAUCACCUUGUAAUGAUUAUGGAAUUGAAACUUAAUUUCGGGACUAUAUCAUCGUGUUUCACUUCAGACACUUCCAUAUUAAGUUAUAUGAUCGAGAUUUUAAGGCGAUCUCGCUAUGUCCGUCCGUCUAUUUGUUUGAUCAAAAAACUGGCAAAAACGAUCUAUAUUUAUCAACAUGAUCACUUCUACUUCUCAAACUCUAUAUUUUGUGCAGAAAAAUCAAUAUUUUGUAUGAAAAUGUUGAUCGAACCUAAAAACCCUUAUAACUCAGUAAAUACGGGGAUUUUUGAGAAAAUAAGCUUAAUCUGUGAUCACUUCGACUUUUUUAUAAAAAAUCAAUCACUUAAGCAGAAAAGACAAUAUUUUGAACGAAAAAGUUGAUCAAACCUAAAAAACCCUUAUAACUCGGUAAGUACUGGGUCUUUAAAGGAAAUAAGCAUAAACUGAGAUCACUUUUACUUUAUAUCAAAAAUCGUUAUUUUAAGCAGAAAAAUCAAUAUUUUGUAUGAAAAUGGUUAUCAAACAUAAAAACCCUUAUAAUUCAGUAAAUACCGGGAUUUUUAAGAAAAUAAGCUUAAACUGAGAUCACUUCGACUUUUUCAUAAAAAUCGAUAUUUUAAGCAGAAAAAUCAAUAUUUUGUAAGAAAAUGUCGAUCAAACUUAAAACCCCUUAUAACUCAGUAAAUGUUGGGUUUUUUGAGUAAAAAAGCUUAAUGGAUGAUCACUUUUAGUUUUUAUCAAAAAUCGAUCAUUUGAGUAGAAAAAUCAAUAUUUUGUAUGAAAAUGUUGAUCAAAUCUAAAAACCCUUAUAACUAAGUAAAUACUGGGUUUUUUAAAGAAAAUAAGAUUAAACUGAGAUCACUUCGACGUUUUCAUAAAAAUCGAUAUUUUAAACAGAAAAAUCAAUAUUUUGUAAGAAAAUGUUGAUCAAACUUAAAAACCCUUAUAACUCAGUAAAUACUGGGUUUUUUCAGAAAAAAAAGCUUA